CGUGAACUGCAGCUGUCAAGAAUUUGAAUACAAAUGUAUGAUGUGGUAACAGGAAGAAUAUUACUUGUAGUUUCUGUCUUCAUCAAAAUCCUUAAAAGUUUCUUAAUUAAAUUUUAAGUAAAAAUGACUAUGUUUGAUUAUGAGGGUACAGAAUCACACUUCUACAAUAAAAUAAUAUUUACCUUGGAGAAUUAUGGAUGGUAUCUCCUUAUAGCAAGUGUGUUGCUGAUGUAUGUUUACCAGAAAUUGCAACCAUUUAUAUAUACCUAUCUGGAAAGCAAAAGAAAUGAUGCUUAUGCUGCGGAAUAUCAUAAAAAUCCUGAUUUGUUUGCCGCCAAAAUAGUGGCUCAACAAGAGCAUGCUGCAAAACUACAGGAACAAUAUUCAAAGCUAGCAGAGGAGUACCAAAAAAAAAAGGAGAAGAGAGAAACAAAAAAAAGAGAAGAAUGGCUUUCUAAACAAUCAGGUUACAGGUUAGGAUCAGCUAAGGAGAACACUUUAAAAACAGAGUAUAAUCCACUAAUGGGAGAUAGCAGUAGCAAGUCUUAUAGACCACAACGAAAAAGUCCUUGUUCAGGAGGUGGAUGCGGAAAAUAAACUUUAUUAUAUGUU